UCUGCCAAGCUCUGAAAACUCUUGGCAAACAGAAACGUGAUGGAUUAAGGACUGUGUGGAGAACCAGGAAAGCAGAUUUUAGAGGAUAAAUUGCAGAUUGAAGAAGAACAGUGCCCAAAAGGAAUUAUUCACCAAGAUUUCUUCCUUGGUGCAGAGAGAAAGUGUUUGGGCAUCUCUGAUAUUUCAGCCUCUGAAUCAGCACCUCUGAGGGGAACAUAUGGGAUUUAAGGACAGCCUACAGGGAGCCUCUGAGGUGAAGCUGAUGUGUCCCCAGCACAGGCAGAAGGACCCAUUUAUCAAUCCUUUUCUCUAAUUUGCAACCAUGGGGCAGAUUUUGAAAAGGCAAGUGUGUGUGUUCCCUCCUGCAACCACUGGCUUUAGCAGCUGAGCUGGCAGAAGGCGCUGACAAGAGUGGCUGGACCAGGGUUCAGCUGCCCCAGCCAUGAGACAGCACACCUGGUUCCCCUUGCAGUACAUGCCCAAGCCCUUCUGGAGAGCAGAGAACCACAACACCACCAGCUUCUUCUCUGCACUGUACGGCUUCCCCAACCAGUCCUUCUUCCACAGUGACUUGAACCUGGAGGACCUGGGGGACUUUGACAGCGGAGCCAAGUACGAGGGCGAGUCGCAGAGCCGGACAGUGCAGGCGCUGCUGAUCGUCGCCUACUCUGUGAUCAUCUGCAUCUCCCUCUUUGGCAACAUCCUGGUGUGCCACGCGGUCAUCAAGAACAAGAGGAUGCACUCUGCCACCAACCUCUUCAUCGUCAACCUGGCUGUUGCUGAUGUGAUGAUCACCACCCUGAACACCCCCUUCACACUGGUGAGGUUUGUGAGCAGCACCUGGGUGUUUGGAAAGCUGAUGUGUCACAUCAGCCGGUUUGUUCAGUACUGCUCUGUCCAUGUGUCUGUGCUCACCCUCGCUGCCAUCGCACUGGACCGGCACCAGGUGAUCAUGCACCCUCUCAAGCCACGUAUGUCCACGGUGAAAGGAGGGAUUUGCAUCAUCAUCAUCUGGGUCAUGGCCAGCUGCUUCUCACUGCCCCAUGCCAUUUAUCAGACUCUGACAAGGUUUUAUAUUGGAAACAGAACCAUCCGAAUGGUCUGCCUCCCCAGCUUCCCUCCUCCUGCUGAUCUUUUCUGGAAGUACCUGGACCUGACUACAUUUGUUCUCUUGUACGUUCUGCCCUUGCUUGUGAUCUCCAUCACCUACACCAUAGUGGCCAAAAAGCUCUGGCUGAGGAACGCCAUCGGGGACCUCACCAUGGAGCAAUACUAUGCCCACCAGAGGAAGAAGAAGAUGACGCUGAAGAUGCUGAUGGUGGUGGUGGUUGUGUUUGCCGUGUGCUGGUUCCCCCUCAACUGCUACGUGGUGCUGCUCUCCUGCAGGGCCAUCCACAGCAGCAACGCUCUGUACUUUGCUUUCCACUGGUUCGCCAUGAGCAGCACCUGCUACAACCCCUUCAUCUACUGCUGGCUGAACGAGAGCUUCCGCGCGGAGCUGCGCUGCCUGCUGUGCGUGUGCCGCCGCCGGAGCUCAGCGCAGGGCCACGCUCUGCAGCCCCUCUCCCCCCUGUUCCGCCGCGCCAGGCCUGAGAACUGCCCCUGCAAGAGGAGCAGCACGUGCCAGAAGGCACAGGCACCCUCCCAGAGGAACUCCGCGAGGACGGACAUAUCCAGCGUGCAGCCGAUUGUGGCGGAAAGCUGACAGAGGAACUCUGCAAGGACGGACAUAUCCAGCGUGCAGCCGAUCGUGGCGGAAAGCUGAACCUUUCAUCCGACAGCUGGGCAGCAUCACACAGAGAUUGCAAAAUCAUGGGGAAAUGGGGUGGGAAAGGGCUCUGGAGACCAUCAAGUCAACCAACAGCAUGCAAACUUCAGCCUUUGACUGGGUCAUUCAGGACCUUGUUCUCUCAGGUAUCACAAUUCGCUAGGGAUGAAUUGCCCACUUGUGCGCUCCAGAACGAGGGGUGUUGAGUGAAUUUUUCAUUGGAACAGUCAGCAAAAAUGAAAAUAAUUAUUUAACAGCACACAAAGCUUUUCAUGGUCUAAGCAAACACGGGGAAGCUACACUGGUUAUACACACACCAGCUACACACUGUGGCUUUAUGUAAACUGUUAGGGCUUUAACUUUGUGAAUUGACAUUUCUUUGGCAUAAAAUCUGAAUUAUUUUCACUUUCAAUAGUAUUUUAUUUUUUACUAGUCCUCAAGAGCUGUGUUCUUUGUGGCUUCUGUGCCAGCCUGGCAGCCCUUUUUCCUCUGGGUCAGCCUGUCCCUCUGUCCUGUAGUUAUCCUGUGGGCAGCAGCAGCAGCAGCCUUUAAGAAGCUAUGGAACUGGGGGUUCUGCCUUUGUCUGAGAUGGAACCAGCAAACCAGACCUGCAGGUUUUCAACCCAAAAGGCAGGAGAUGGAAGAAGUUUAACCUGUAACAUGUAAACAGUAAUGUAUUCCCUGCUCAGUUAAACUGAGCAUCUGACAAUGUGCCACAGCAUUCGCCUCAAUCACAGAUCCUUGUGUUCCAGCUCCAUCGCCAGUGGCAGGGUGCACUGAUGCUGGUCCUGGUCCAAACACUGCCUCUGGAAUUCAAGAGAUAGCUGGGAUUCCUGGGGGUGUGUGUGCCUGACAGCUGGCACUAGCAGCUGCUGCUCUGGGGGCUCACAGUGGAGCCAGACACCACAUUUAGAGCUGGGUUUGGGUCACUAGAAAGAGAUGAGAGCACAUGGCCAGCUUCAGCCCAUGGCUAUGAAAAGCCACCUAAGUUUGUGUUCUCCUCUUUCUCAGAAAGAAUAACCAGUUUCUUUGUGUCCGUUCUGCACUGGCUCAGCCCUUGUGCUGGUAAAAGGUUGAUCUUCAAAAGACAGUGAAAAGGAAAUGAGCUUCAGUCUUCCCAUGCAAAAUACUCUAAAUUACACCUCUUUAGCUGAGCAUUUCCACCCAGACUGGCAGCAUGUCACAGCUGCAGGCCUGCGUGAAAGGCUGCUUCAAUUUGGAAAUCAAGACGCUUUGAUGGGUACAAAACUGUGUGACCUGAGAAUGUAUUUGUAUUUCAAAAAGAAAUUGUGAAGAGGAGGAAAGAGUAAGAGUAACACUAACCUUGCUUUUUCCUAAGUUAUUGUGGGAAGGAGGAGGACAACUACAGCUGGGACAGGGACCUGGCAUGGCUUGGGACACUGCAAAUCCCAGUGGCACUGACAGUGCUAAGGCUUCAGGUCUGUGCUCCCAUCUGAGGCACAGUGAUCUCUUUUUGAGGAUUUGCUAUGGGGAGGAAAUGGAAUUAGAAACAUCUCCUCAGAGAGCAAAUACUCAGGGCUCAGGUAUUGGCUCUGACCAGGUGAAUCUUUGAUUUGGUUCCACUGGAGUGGAGUCCUGCCUGGAGCUGGCGCCACAGAGGCAGCACCAAAACCUUUAAUUCUGUGGUACAAGUAAAUUACAGCAUUAACCAGACAUCGCUCCUAACUGUGUGUUUUACUGUCUGGAAAACUGGGAAUCCAUGACUCUGCAAAUGGCAUUUUCCUACUAUUACUGUCUGGAAGUUUCUAUAAACAAGAUGUCUCUUCUUAAAAAAACGAACUAAUCACAAAUGCAAACAAACAUUGUUACUGUAACUUAGUAAAACUUAUUCAAAUGCUCUUCUCUUUACAUAGAAAAAAAAUCAAUGAAAAUAAAUAAUGCAGUUUGCAUGUAUAUCCCAACCCACUCCCAGAGA